UCCACCCACUUUCCUUUCAGUCGCUUGCAACUCAUUGGUCAUGUCGAAGCCAUGCAGAACAGCGCUCUUCGUAUCUUACAUGCUCGCCCUGGUUUCCUGCGCAAGAAGUUCCAUCACUGCUUCGAAUGGGACAGCGAGACCGAAUACCUUUCCAAGUUUGGACGGCAGUCAUGUAGUUGUAGAGGUAAACGCCCGUGACCUAUUCCAAUUCACAACUGCUCGGAACGAAACCCAGAACCCUGACCCCACGAACAAGAAUGCGUCGACCACCAGUGAAGGAUUGACAUCUGUGCGUGAUGCGAGGUCUAUCGAAAUGGAUAGUAUCUUGAAAGCAACUCUCACGUCAGAACGCCCUGUGGUGCUUACCCAAGUAACUUCCGAGGAUAGUGCAAAUAACGAAAACGAGACACUAGCGUCAGCUAUUCCAGUUCAUGGGUUUUACAUGGUGCAACCUCUGAUUGCUUUCCAUUCCCCUAAUGAGAGCAUACCCUCUACCGUUCACCAGCCUGCUGGAACCACAUCGAACCCAGACGUGCUGCUCGGUAGAAGUCCAGGAGACUCGGUCAUUUCGGAAGAGGCCGAGAGAGGGACAGGGUCCUCAGCAAUGGCCAUGUCUUUAACUACAUUCCGUGCAAGUCCUGUUAUGUCUACAACAGCACCUCCAAAAGCUGUAGAUGUACGAGCAUUCGGCGAGAAGUUAACCACCACUAGGAGUACUGUAGCUGAGGAACCUCGCAUCAAGGAGACUUCGGUCUCUAUCGGGACCGCGACAAGCUUGCUGAACGAAAAUGUUGCCAACGUGACGUCUUCGCUGCCUGACUGGUCGAAGUCUACGGCGCUUGUGCAGAAUGCGACCGUAAGAAAUCUGGAUGAGGGCAUCACCAGCGCUUCUACAGAACCCCAACAGAAUUCAACAGAGGCCUUCAAUCUGGCGUCAAACGGGACAACGUCAGUUCCUCUCGCUUUGGAACUAGCUUCCCCAACUCUCUCCACCCCCGCUGAUGGUAUCGCUUUGAGGGCUGGUUCUGUGACGCCAAUGGACAAUAUUACCACAGUUUCAAAGUCCGAUGGUGUGAAAGUUGAAACCACGGCUGGCGAUGAGCGCGGAAGCAGUGCUUUUAAAUCUCAAACCAAGGGCAGCACUACGGGAACACCAACUACAGAAAUUGCUAGCUCCCCUUUGCACACACAAUUGAAUGUGGCACAAACUACUUCGCAAGAUGCCCUGCAGACUUCAACGCAAGUCUUGCAACAUAGGCCACCGACGACAACGCCAGUUUCAAAGCGGUCUGGACCUAUUCCCGCUAGGCCAAUCACUGUUCCGGGACCGGAGUUCGUCGUACCGUUUUUGCCUCAAAGCAGUCGCGCGUUUGACGACGUUAUAGGUACAGAAUUCAUCCGGAAAGGCGCUUGCGGGAAAUGCCAAAGGCAGCUGCGGUUCUGUGUGCAGAGAUGUUUCGACCAUCACAGCUGCGAGGCUCCACAUAACACCGCUUUGACGUGUCCGAAAAUCCAGGUUCCCUGCUUCCCUCCUUUCAAGACUGAAAAGGACCAGUGCGAGUCGAGUGCAGACUGCGAGGGACUCAAUAACCUUUGCUGCCUUGUCGGUUGCACAAGAAAGUGUGUCUCUGGCUUAGUUGUUCCCGUUGGACAGUAUUAGAACGUAAAGUUAAUUCAUUUGGUGAUUGACUGAUUUUACACUGCGUUUUUAUACCUGUUCUGUUACUUCGAAAUUUUACUGUCCGUGCCUAUAUACCGACGUCCAAUAAAACUGUUUUUAAGAAUU